ACUCUUCUCACUCUUCUCACCUGUCAAAUCGUGCUCACCAGCACCAUGACAGUCUCGAUAAUAUAGUUCGUCAGGCGUAGCGAUGGGCUGCCAAGGCCUGUCCUCGAACUGCCUCGGUGUGAUGAAACUUACCUGGUAUGUCACCUAGCCUCGGUGCCAAGGUGAGGGAAGUUACGCUGAGCGAUAAGCCUGGACUCUCUGGCUCUGAAACCGAGAUCUGGCACGGCACUAUCGCCGCAGUGGCUUCGAUGAUGCGAGUGUUCAUGCUACGGCUUAGUCUGCAACUAGACAUCCAGUGCCCGCAACCAAUGCAACCGACAUACAACAUCCUGUAAACGGCUGAACGGCUGUGCGACUCGGGUCCUCUGAAAGCUAGUUUUUAGCACGCCACGAUCAAUGCUCUAGAUAUGAGAAUGGCCGAUGAACAGGAUCUAACAACCAGGCAGUACAGAUCAAAACGUAACCGUCCCUGCGAUCGAUGUCGGGUCCGGCACGUGUACUGUCGCAUCGAGGAGCAUCCGCCGUGCUCACUGUGUCAGCAGCAAGAUGUCGAAUGCACAUUUGACACGUCGCCAGCCAAGAGACCUCGGAUUAGCGUUCCCUCGACACAAUCUGCAUACUCAAAUGGGAACGGUAGAGCAUCCGGUGAGAUGUAUCACGAGAUAGAUCUGGAACACCAUGACGAUAUAUUCCAGUUCUCUGACACCGACAACAAUCCAAAUGACUCAAACGAUCAGCUUGGGGUUAGAAAUACUGGAACAUCCGCUGCUGAAUCCCAAGAUGACACCGACACUCCAUCUCAGUCCAACAUGGAAAUGUUUCAAUAUGAUGACGUUCCUUUCACUGGAGACGAUCUGGAAGCAAGAAGAAGCACGGAGAUCGAACUAGCUCCUGACCAUCAGAACGUUACGAAACCAAGUACGAACGAUUCAUCUUCCACACGGUAUGCCAUGGUUUCCCAGACAGGGACACCGCCAGCCAUAAAUCCAAUCGACGGGAAACGUGAAGUACAUGGAACAUACUUUGGUCUUUCCGGGGAGAACGACCCUUAUCUUCUUCGACGAUAUCGAUACGACGAAAAAGCCGAGUUCAGUAUGUUCAAACUUGUCUAUCGACAGACAGCAAAUGACCUUUUCAAUAACAUAUCUGGAGACCAAAACGAGGAAGCGGUUCCAGCGUCUUGUUCGACACCUGGGGUGUCCAUCCCGGUCCAAUUCAUGAUGUCGGCGGACGAGCUUGCGGAUGACGCUAAAGCGGACACUGCUGUGCGCCCACAAAUGACCAAAGAAAAUGUAAGACAGGAAUUGGACGAUAUUGUUCGUCCUGUGGAUGGAUGCAAACUGGUAGUCCUUUUCUUCAAAUAUAUAUUUCCAGCGCUUCCUGUUGUUUCUAGGUCACAACUCGGGAUCAGCAGCUCUUCGCCGUUACCAAGCAUCUCUUCUCUCUCGACAGUGUCGACAGACCUAUUAGCAGCGAUAUAUGCAACCUCCCUGGCGUUCUGCGCUUACGAUGCCGACCUCUGCGUGCUCCAGGCUUAUCAGAAACCACCCACGAGCCAACUUUGGCGCAUAGUCUACGAGGAAAUCGCCCGUGAGAUCCAUACUCCACGGCUUUCUGUGUUGCAAGCUUGUCUCUUGUAUCUUCAAAAACCACGUACCGCACUCAAUAGUGCCGCUGCUGAUACACCAUUCACAUGGUCUUUCAUGGCAUCCACGGUGAGUUUAGCCAAUACAUUGGGUCUGCACAUCGAUUGUCAAGAUUGGCGGAUACCAGCUUGGGAAAAACGUCUCCGGAGAAGAUUGUGGUGGACCGUCUACUCAGAGGAGAAAUGGAGAAGCCUGUUAUACGGCCGACCCACGCUCAUCAGCAGAGAUCAGUGGGAGGUCAGUCAUUUACAUGAUGACGACUUUCUGGUCGACUCCCAAGGCCUAGAUGAUCAUAAUGUGAUCUCUCAAUUCUCGAAGGAAUGUGGACUGCAUUUCCGACACCUUGCAACGUUGGCCGAGAUUGGAGACGAUGUUUAUCAAUCUUUCUAUACUUUAAGCUCUUCGAGGAAAACAUCUCGAGACUUCCUCUUGUCGGUCCAAAAGGCCCGAUCUUUACGCCGACGACUCCAAACCUGGUACGCCUCCUUGCCAGAUUGUCUGAAAAUGCGACCUCGAUCCUCUGGUACCACAAAAGACCUCGAUUCGAAUGCACCUCUACACCUUGCUUAUCUGACCUUGGAGAUCCUCGUCUAUCGUGCUCUUCUUCGCCCGUUGGGAAGACUGCACGUCCCUGGCAUCGAGGACAAUGACGUCCCUGUUUCAAACAUGAACGGAUCUUCACAGGCUUCUGAAAGUCGUGAUCCCAACAAUAAUCCUCCAACCUUGGGGAGAGACAUUGAACCAACUUCUGCCAGUACGGCUGGUAGCUUUGGCGUACUACAUGCAGCUAUAGAGCCGACAGUCUCGGCUGCAGUGCAUUGUGCCCGUCUUACGACGGACUUCACGGCAGGUCUCAACGCUCGAGACUAUUCCGGAUUUUGGUAUUCGUGGUCACGCAUUGGCUUUGCUACAAUGUCUAGCUUCGUCAUAUUACUGAUCAUUCAGGCACCAGAUGCAGAGCAUGCCAGAAACGCAAAAUCCAUUGCCGACACAUGGCGGCAGACUCUUCGAUUUCAGAGCAAAUGCUCUGAUCAAGUAAACAUGGGCUUGUUGCGACUCGACGCCAUCUAUUGGACUGGGAUGGAAAAGGUCUUGAUCGUUGAACCAUUUGUGCAACAAGUCCUCUAAUGUCAAAUAUAUCUUUCUUCCAUGUCAACAUUUGAUG